UUUCUAUUCGAUUUUUCAAUUGUUGCUGCACUAUGUCUGUGGUGCUGAUCACUCUCUACUGGUGACGGCCUCUCCCUGGUCAGAUGCCCAACUUGGCCCUUCAUGCCCUCUCAGUUCCCAUCCUGGUCUUUCCCUCUACACCAUCCCCCACCCCUUACAAGCGCCGUCACGGAUGCCCAGUCUGGAGUAACAGAGGCAGCUACCAGCGGAGCCUUGCAUGGAGCAGGGGGCAUACCCAUCUUGGCUGAUGAGAGUCUACAUCAGCCACUGGACAUCUGUGAAGUAGUCACUCUCCCUAAGUCUGAUCUACUCUGCAAUUUUCAGCAAAACCUGGAGAUGGAACUACCACGUAGGUCUCCUUGAAGUCCUAGAGAAAAAGGCAAGAGCAAGGUUAGCGUUUCUGCUGCGUGGGGUGAGCUAUGGCCAGCAACGUCACCAACAAGACAGAUCCCCGUUCCCUAAAUUCCCGCGUCUUCAUCGGAAACCUCAAUACCCUCGUGGUCAAGAAAUCCGAUGUGGAAGCCAUCUUCUCCAAGUACGGCAAGAUUGUGGGUUGCUCCGUGCACAAGGGCUUUGCCUUUGUGCAGUAUGUGAAUGAGCGCAACGCCCGCUCUGCAGUAGCGGGAGAGGAUGGCAGGAUGAUAGCCGGCCAGGUCCUUGAUAUUAAUCUGGCUGCGGAGCCGAAGUUGAACCGGGGUAAAGCUGGGGUGAAGAGAUCGGCCACAGAGAUGUACGGGUCAGUAGCCGCACCACCUUCUCCGUCCCCUCUAGUCAGGUCUUCGUUUGACCUUGAUUAUGACUUCCAGCGCGACUAUUAUGACAGGAUGUACAGCUACCAAGCACGCGUGCCCCCUCCGCCCCCCAUUGCCAGGGCGGUGGUCCCUUCCAAACGCCAACGGGUUUCUGGCAAUACCUCUCGUAGAGGAAAGAGCGGAUUCAAUUCGAAGAGCGGGCAGCGGGGAUCGUCCUCCAAAUCUGGGAAAUUAAAAGGCGAUGACUUGCAAGCCAUUAAGAAGGAAUUGACCCAGAUUAAGCUGAAAGUGGAUUCUCUGCUGGAAAGCCUUGAGAAGAUAGAGAAGGAUCAAAAACUGAAGAACGACAAGUCGGAGGAAGAGCAAAGCAGCAGCUCGACUAAGAAAGAAGAGAGCAAUGUGAAGCUGGAGUCUGAGGCUGGGGCCGACGACUCUGCCGAGGAAGGGGACCUGCUGGACGACGACGACAACGAAGACCGGGGAGACGACCAGUUGGAGUCCAUCAAGGGCGACGACAAGGAGCCGGAAGAAGGGGAAGACGACAGAGACAGUGCCAAUGGCGAAGACGACUCCUAAGAACCCCCCCGGCAUAGCUCUCCUUCUCUGCUCCUUGGCCCCACGCGGCGUUCUUCUGAUUGAAAUGCCCCCUCCCCCUGUCUCCUCUCCCCCCCAUUUGCUGGCUGCUUCCUCACUGCCCUCCUUCCCUCUCGCAGCCCUGUGUGUUUUGCGGAUGUCGUGUCUUCUGUUGCAUCUGCCCUCCUCCUCCUCCUCCUCCUUCCCGCCUCCUUCCUUUCAUCGGCUCCUCUAGUUCCGUUCCAUCCCUUGUAAUUUUUUCCUCU